GCCUCCUGGCACAAGAGAUAAAAUGAAAAAGGGUAACUCCCAGCAUCUGGUCCAAGAGAUAUCAGCCAGCAAAGAGUAGGAGAGAAGAAACAUGUGGGGGAGCUCCCAGGCUGGGGGGUAGAAGGAAACUCCACUCUUUACAGGUUCUUAAGCCAACAAAAGUAUCUCUAUCAUUUUCUGUCUGGAAGAUAGAUUCAGAGAGGGAGCCCAGAGUACCAGUUCAAGACAGGCAUUUCCUGUGGUCCUGUGGAUAAGAAGAACCUGCAGCCAUGGGACAGGGUGAGCCACGCCAGCUCUCCUUGGGGCUUACUGGACUGUCAGUUGCAUCUCCAUCAUUAGAUGUUUUCAUUAAAGGAAGUAGGAUGGUGCUGGAGGUGAUGGUGGUGUGGCUAUAAUGUGUGAGGGUGUGGUGAACUGGUGCCGGUGGUGGUGGUGGGGCCACCGUGGGGGCUGGCAGUGCGGGCUGUGGUGGGGCAGCUGUUGAGUGGCAAUAGGAUAGUAUGUUUGCGGUGAAUUGGUGGUCAUAGUGGUGAUGAUGGUGAUAAGAUGGUGAUGGUGGUUAACAUAGAUUGAUAUUCUUAUCCAAGUAUCAUCAUAAUAUGACUGUUCUCACUGGGUUGUGAUAUAAAUGGGAGAUGACUCUGGGAAAGCACGACGGUAUCAUAGCUCAGCACUAAGUGGGACAGAAGGGGAGGAGGUAGAGAAUUGCUGAAAUGGGCAGAUGCAGACAUAAAGCAAGAAGACAGGCAGAACCAGAGGAUGUAGAAACCUCAGGGGCUUCUGUGUCAGUUGGUGACCACAUUUACAUGUCUCAUCAAAUUCUCAUUUUGAGAUUUGUCAGGAGAUAGACUGUCAGGAGACUCUCAGGCCCCCUCCCUAUAGUGCUUGGCGCUGUGGGUUUGGUGAGCUUUAGGUGAAGGAGCCACCUGUGAUCACAGGGGAGUUGGUGCUACUCUCUGGGCUUUACUUUUCAUCAUAAAACAAGAGAAUGGGACUCGGUCAUUUCCAAAUCAGCUCUAAAAAUUAUCUGAUGGUGUUCUAAGGAAAACAGAGUAGAGUGAACACAUUUCUGGGUUGAUUUAUUGCUUUUGGUUUGGGAACAGGAAAGGUCAGCAAGGGGAACAGCAUUGCUCUUAUUAAUAACAACAGCCUCAUUUAAUGGGGCUUACUAUGUAUCUGACACUGGGCUAAGUGUAUAAUAUACUUCAUUUAAUUUCUACAAUGCUGCAAGGAGGGAUGAUUAUUCUAAGGAUGAGGAAACUGAGGCUCAGGGUGGUUAAGUUACUUGCCUGAGGUGGCACAAGUAGUGAGUAUGUUGAAUCAAGGAUUUGAACACUUGGCCCCUCUGACUGCAGGAUCUCUGCUUUUACCUAAGUUGUCAUGUUUACCUCCUCAUCAUGAUUUUUCUCUUUUCCAUAAUAGCCCUGGGGAUUGAGAAAUGUGACUUCCAGGAAGCAAGAAACAAUGAGGAGCACCACACCAAGGCCAUCAGCUCCCAGCGCCUCCUUGUCAGGAGGGGGCAGCCCUUUACCAUCUGCCUGCACUUCCGGGUUCCAAUUCACAAAUUUCUGCCUACCCUGAAGAAGGUUACCCUCAUUGCACAAACUGGAAAGCAGCCUUCUGGAGCCAACAAGACCCAAGUCAAAUUCCCAAUUUCCAGUCUGGAGGACCGGAAGUGCUGGAGUGCGAUGGUGGAGGAGAGAGACGACCUGUCCUGGACCAUCUCUGUGACCACGCCUGCAAAUGCUGUCAUUGGCCACUACUCACUCCUACUGCACGUCCGGUUCAGGAAGCCACGCCUCCUGGGCCAGUUCACACUGCUCUUUAACCCGUGGGCUAGAGCGGACGCUGUAUUCCUGGAGAAUGAGGCUCAGCGCGGGGAGUACUUGUUGAACCAGAAUGGCCUCAUCUACCUGGGCACAGCUGACUGCAUCCAGGCAGAGGCCUGGGAUUUUGGCCAGUUUGAGAGGGAUGCCGUCGACCUCAGCCUGGACUUACUGAGCACGGACCAGCAGGUGGAAGAGUGGGGCAACCCAGUGCAUGUGGCCAGAAUUUUGGGCACUUUGUUGCAUGCUCUCAAGGAGAAGAAUGUCCUGCCCAGUGCACAGACCCAGGACAUCCAGGAAAGGGUGAAACUGCACAAGCGCCGAGGCAGCAUGCCCAUCCUGAGGCAGUGGGUCACAGGCCAAGGGCGACCUGUGUGCGAUGGUCAGGCCUGGGUGCUGGCUGCCGUGGCUUGCACAGUGCUGAGAUGCCUGGGAAUCCCUGCCCGCGUCAUUACCACGUUCACUGCAGCCCAGGGCACCAGCGGGGAGUUGCUCGUAAACGAGUACUACAACGAGGAGGGGUUUCAGAACGGGGAAGGCCAGAGAGGCAGAAUCUGGAUCUUCCAGAUGUACACAGAGUGCUGGAUGAGCCGGCCUGAUUUGCCUGGUUAUAGCAGAUGGCAGAUUCUGAACCCAACUGCUCGUGAUGGAGUCCUGGAGGCCUGUGAUCUGGUCCCGGUCAGAGCCAUCAAAGAGGGGAUACUGGGACUGACCCCUACAGUAUUGGACCUUUUUGCUGCAGUAAAUGCCUCAUGUGUGGUCUGGAAGUGCCGUGAGGAUGGGACCCUGGAGCUGACCGACUCUAACACUAAGUACCUUGGCAACAACAUUAGUACCAAGUGUGUGGGCUGUGACCGCUGUGAGGACAUCACUCAGAACUACAAGUACCCUGAAGGAUCUGUUCAAGAAAAAGAGGUGCUGGAGAGAGUCCAGAAGGAGAGAAUGGAACCUGGGGAAGACAGUGGCACCAGUCCUCCCACUCUCAAGAUUGCCAAUCCUCUGUACCUGCUUUUGGAAGUGCCCAGCUCCCUAUUCCUGGGAGGGGAUGUCCCAUUCUCAGUGACCCUGAUUAACCCCAGCGACCAGGACAUGGUGGUACAGCUGGCAGUUUGCGUGCAGGCCAUGUACUACAAUGGCAUCCUUGCUGCCGAGCUCUGGAGGAAGAAGGCAACAUUUACACUCGUUGCCAACACAGCAAAGACAGCCACCACCACCCUGUCCUGUGCCUCUUUUGAUCAAAGCCCCCCAGAGAACAGUUUCCUUAGGCUCACAGCCAUGGCAACACACUCCAAGUCUGGCCUUACCUGCUUUGCUCAGGAAGACAUCGCCAUUUGUAGACCACGCCUUGUCAUUGAGAUGCCAGAGACAGCAGAGCAGUACCAACCCCUAAAGGUGUCAGUCAGCGUCCAUAACUUCCUAGAUGUUCCCAUGGAGGACUGUAGGAUCUCCAUCUUCGGAAGGGGGCUCAUUCACAGGGAGAGGAGCUACAGAUUAGGUUUGGUGCAGCCCAGAAAAACUCUGCGUACCCAAUUCCAGUUCACGCCAACAAAGGUGGGGCUCCAGAGACUCACUGUGGAAAUGGACUGCAACGUGUUCCAGAACCUAACCAAUUACAGAAGUGUCACUGUGGUGGCCCCCUCCGGUGUGAACUCGCAGCUCUAGCAUCACUUUCUCCAGCCCACCCCCUUGAAUCUGUAAUCUAAAACCAAACGUGCUGGGAAGGGAAACUGCUUAUCAGACAAGUAACUCUCCACUCAGGUUGAGAACAGUGACCAAGAACAAAACUAGAUUCCCAGAAAUCAAAACAAAAGACAUUCCUUUCUGUCACCCCAGCUUAAAGCAUCUAGGAAGACUGGUUGUCUUAGAAGAGCAACUACUGGGCUUGAGUGACAAAAAGAAGCCUUUGGAAAGGCAUUUGGCUAAGUACAUUCAGAUUUCUCAGACUGAGGGUUUUUUAUAAGCAUUUUGCUACUCACUAACACAUUAUGAGUAAGAAAAAGAGCCUAACAUUUAAGUCACUCUUGCAUUUCUGUUGAAAUGGGAAUUUUAAGUAAUCCUAAAACUAUUUAUUGUUGUUAUUCCUGACCAUUAUCCUUAAAGAUCCAAAGAUGACUGAACAAAGUUAAAACAUUUACAACACAGGACUUGAGAGUAGAAUGGUCUUCUAGAUUCAGCUAUUGAUGUCUUUAUUAGACUUCUAUAUUCAUUAAGUAUCCCACAAUUAAAGUCUGAUGUUAGUAACAUGAAAUUGGUCCAGUAAAGAAAUAUGAAUAUUAUUUGGUACAUAGAAAAUAGGCUGUAUAAGAAAAAAGAACUGGACUCGUUUUGUACAGUUAUGACUUCCUGUUUGUUUACAUUGUUUUGUUGCUUUGGCACUGUUUGAUUUUAGUUCCUUUUCUUUGACACUUGUUAAAAGUGCGGAAUGGUACUUCACAAAAAUAAAUUAAAACUCAUUUGACUCAGAGUAUUAUGCUAAGUGAAAUAAACCAGGCAGAGAAAGAUAAAUACUGUAAGAUUUCACUUGUAGGUGGAAUCUAAGAAAACAAAACAAAACAAACAAAACAGAAAUAGACUCAUAGAAACAGAGAAGAGGUUGGUUCUUACCAUGGGAGGGAUGGGGGUGGUGGUGAAAUAGGUGAAGGGCAUAAAGAGGCAAAAAAAUCUCAAUUAUAAUAUAAACUAGUCAUGGGGAUAAAAGUGUAACGUAAGAGAAUAUCUUCAACAAUAUUGAAAUAUCUAUGUUGACAGUAACUACACUUAUUGGGGUGAGCAUUAAUAAUGUAGAUAACUUGAAUCACUAUGUUGUAUACUUGAAGCCCCUAUAUUAUUGUGUAUCAACUACACUUUAAUUAAAAAUUAUAAAAAAAACUUACUUGAUAUAAGGUAUUUCAACCCCAAAUAUACACUAGUUGCUCAGAAGAAUGGCUGCUGUUGCUAAUUAUACAUAAAGAGACCAUGGGGACAUCAGAAGGGUAGAUGUGGUAAAUUACACCUAUACAAGGAAAAGAACUGGCACUGGAGAUUGUAGAGACCUGCAGUAUAUGUAUAAGACCCAAGUCACGUCACCAGCAUAUACGCCACUACAGGCUUACCUUGCUUUCCAAUAUGUGACCUUCCAAACUGAUGCAAAAAUAUAAUCACGUGGUGACGGUUUUGCAAAAGGAUUAAUUGAAGAGGCUCUUAAAAUUAUAUAAUCUCUCUUAUACAUUAAAAUUUUUUUGAUCUGUAAAAAUUUUGUAUUUACACUUGGGGACACAUAUAUAGGAAAAACAAACCUGUGCAUUAAGACGGACAAACCUAACAAAU